AUGGCUGCUUCGAAGGACCUCCAGUCAGCGGACGGCGACGGGACGUUGAGUCUGAAGGAGCUUGAGGAGUUGAAGGCCGCAAAUCCCGGGCUCGCCGAGGUCGACCUGAAGCAAUUGGAUGCUGAUGGAGAUGGCAAGAUCAGCCGGGAGGAAGUCGAAGCGGCCAUGGAUUGGGACUCAGUCGCAACUCCUACACCCGUUGCGACCCCGCGGGAGGGUGGAGAGGCGGACACGCCGCGCAGCGCGGUCAAGGCCAUGGCCUCCGCGGCCUCCGCGGCCUCGGACAAGUCCGAGAGCCGCUCCGCGCUGCAGCAGCGCCGCAAGGCCCGGGAGCAGCGCCGCAAGGAAGUGAUGAACGUGAUGGACGCGGACGGUGAUGGGGUGAUCACAAAGACCGAGCUGGAUCAGCUGAAGGCGACCAAUCCCGAGCUCGCCAAGGUGGACAUGAGCAAGCUGGACACCGACGGGGAUGGACAGAUCAGCAAGGAGGAGCUCGAGAAAGCCAUGGACUGGGAUGGUGACGCCCCACAGGCCGACGCGGAAGCUGCCAGCAUCUUCUCAGCGGUGGUUAAUAUCUUCGGGGGUGCAUCUGCUUCUCAGGAGGAGGGCAAGCAGGUUGAGGAGGUCAAGGAGAGCAAGGAAGAGCCUAAGGAGGCUGACAAGAAGGAGCCUGACGACAAGGAGGCGCCUCCGCUUCCGAAGGCGAAAGCUCUGCCCAAAGCCUUGUUUGCGAUGACCAAAGUGAACUUCGUCGCUGGCAGGAAGGGCAGUUUAGCAGUCACCUCAGCCACUGAUUCAGCAGGCGCUGCGUCGAGCGCUUCUUCUGCCCCAGUGUCAGCGGCCCGGAAGCGAAAGGAGGCGCGCAAGGCCGGCCGGGCGCCACUGGCUCCGACCAUCAAGGAAGAGGACGAAGGCGACGGCGGCUGA